AUGAAUAACUUUCCAGAAAAAUCAUUCAGUCAAUCUUUGAAUAAUCGAUCAAAAGAUUAUUCUGAAAGCAGAUUUUUAAUAUUUUAUUCUACAAUAGCAGCAUGUUUAGGAGAGCUUGCUGCUUGCUUAGUGAGAUUUCCUACAGAGCUUGUUAAACAGCGUACUCAGGCUGGUCAACAUCGUUCUUCGUGGGAAGCAUUGUGUCAUAUUUUGCGUGGACAAUCUAGCGGAUUUUGCCGGAGCUAUGCAAGUAUAGUGAUCAGAGAUAUAUCAUUUUCAGCUUUCCAGUUUCCUUUAUGGGAAGUUCUAAAACAGAAAAUGAGAAACAUAUAUGAUUCAAACAAUGAAACAGUACUCUCAGAUGCAGCAUCAAAAAGCAAAUCAUGGCUUUCCAAUACAUAUGCUCAAUCAACAAUUAGCGGUUCGAUUGCAGGAGGAGUUUCAGCAGCGCUAACAACACCUUUGGAUGUUGUUAAAACACGAAUUAUGCUCAAUGAGACGAAACAUGGCUGGGUUCAAUGUAUAUGUCAAAUCAUCAAGAAAGAAGGCGUACACGCACUAUUUAAAGGAGUUACUUUCCGUGUUGCAUGGAUAAGUUUAGGCGGCGCACUUUUCCUCGGAACAUAUGACGGAGUACGCUAUUUGAUUCACAAUCUGUCAAACUAA